AUGGCCAUGAGCUCGUUUUUGAUCAACUCCAACUACGUGGACCCCAAGUUCCCCCCCUGCGAGGAAUAUUCCCACGGCGAUUACCUCCCCGACCACUCGCCACCGGAAUUUUACGGCGGCCAAAGGCACCACCGAGAGAGCACUUGCCAACAUGAAGCGAUGUUCGAGGCUCGUUCCGCCUGCAAGGAGCAGCUCUACCCGUCCUGUCCGAGCUCCGGGCAGCCCGUGCUGUCCCCCCGAGGUCACGUCCAUGCUCCGGCCGGGCUCCGGCAGCCGGACACCCCCAGCCCUCCGCCCGCCUGCAGCCAAAACCCGGGCUCGGGCGCGGAGCCCGUGGUUUACCCCUGGAUGAAAAAAGUCCAUGUCAGCACGGUGAACCCAAAUUUCUCGGGAGGGGAGGCCAAGCGCUCCCGCACCGCCUACACGAGGCAGCAGGUGCUGGAGCUGGAGAAGGAAUUUCACUACAAUCGCUACCUGACGCGGCGGCGCCGCAUCGAGAUCGCGCACGCCCUGAGCCUCUCCGAGCGCCAGAUCAAAAUCUGGUUCCAGAACCGGCGCAUGAAGUGGAAAAAGGAUCACAAGUUACCCAACACCAAGGUCAGGGCUGGCUCCUCCUCCUCCUCUUCCUCAUCUUCAUCCUCCUCUUCAUCCUCUGGAGCGCUGCAGGGCCCGCCAGGAGGGGCCCAAAAGAUCCGCUCCGAGCAGGGUGGGUUCCGAUUCCAGCGCAAAAAAAUCGCCCGGCCGAGCAUAAAAGCGCUGUAA